AUGGGCAGUGGCAGGACUCGCACACAAGACACCGGUGGCUAUGGUGCAAGUGACGAUACUUACGGCUCCGGAAUCCGGGACACCUCAGGAGGCUACGGAGGCAGUGGCCGUACUGGGGGCGGCCUAGGGACCGAUGACACCUAUGGAGAUUCGACGACUACCGGCGGCAGAAGCACUGGCCGUGACGCUGAAUAUGGUAUGGGCAGUGGCAGGACCGGAGCUCAAUCGUCCGGCGGCUACGGCGCAAGUGACGACACCUAUGGCUCCAGCACUGGCGGUCGCGGUGGCUAUGGGGACGAUAGCAUUGGUCGUCGCGGGGACGACUUCAGCUCUUCGGGGGGCACUUCAGGGGGACUCGGCACUGAUGAUACCUACGGUGAUUCGACCCGGACCGGAGGCAUUUCCACAGGCCGUGAUAACGAUUACGGAAUGGGAUCCGGCCGCACCCGAGAACAAGAGCAAGGCGGCUUUGGCACCGGGAGCAGCUACGACGAUGACACUUCGAGUGGCAAGAAAGAUUCUACCAUGGGCAAAAUGAUGGAGAAGGCGGGCAGUAUGUUCGGGAGCAGCAAGUUGGAGGAUAAAGGUGCAGAGAAGAGACGUGGUGCCGGCAACGAUGACUAUUAG